AUUCCUCACAGAGAGUCGCUCUCAGUUCAGUUUCUUCAGCGGAGAGCGAGGGGAGGAAAGUGAAACAGGCUUUGUCUGCUGUGUGUUACGCGUUUAACUAGGCUAACUCCAUUCCUGUCCGUUUCAUCCUUGAGGAGCACUUCCAUACUAAUAUAAAGGAUGUCUCUGUAUCCAUCACUGGAGGACCUGAAGGUGGACAAGGUCAUGAGGGCACAAUCCCAGUUUGCCCAGUCGACCUCCACUCCCCCGGCCAUCACCGAAGGUGCAUACCAGCCUGCCGCGCUGACCAUGCCGAGCUCAAGCCUCUACCCAAACCUAGAGGAACUAGGGGACUACAUGGGACUGCGUCUCAACAGCGAUGAGGUGCAGAGAAACCUGGCACUUGUCCCAGCUGCAGAUAAUCAGGUGGCCGUGCCAUCAGGUGUAGGUGGCAUGGUGCGCCCAGUGACUGGUGCCGAUGUGGGAAUCAGGAGGGCAGAGAUCCGCCAAGGCCUGCGGGAGGUUAUCCUCUGCAAAGACCAGGACAGGAAGGUCGGCCUCCGGCUGAGAGAUGUCGACAAUGGUGUGUUCAUUCAGCUGGUGCAAGCAAACUCUCCUGCAGCGCUGGCUGGCCUGCGUUUUGGGGACCAAGUGCUGCAGAUCAACGGGCAGAACUGCGCUGGCUGGAGCACAGACAAGGCCCACAAGGCUCUGAAGGCAGCAGCUGAACAGCGCAUUGAGCUGGUGGUCCGUGACAGGCCCUUCCAGCGCACAAUCACAAUGCACAAGGACAGCUCCGGCCACGUGGGCUUCAUCUAUAAGUCUGGCCGCAUCACUUCUCUGGUGAAGGACGGCUCUGCUGCUCGUAAUGGCCUCCUCACUGACCACUACAUCUGUGAGAUUAAUGGCCAGAAUGUCAUUGGACUCAAGGACUCUCAGAUUAAAGAUAUCCUGAACACUUCUCCCACUGCCAUGACCAUCACUAUUAUGCCCAAGAUCAUCUAUGAGCACAUGAUUAAGAGGAUGUCAAGCGGCCUGCUGAAGUCAGCCAUGGACCACUCCGUGCCUGAGGUCUGAGCCUCCCACACAGUGCUGCCCCUUCCAAAAUGCCUACAAUCUCUCCAGCCUUCCCAUUGGACCCUUCUGCCCCAUGGGGGGUGUCUGUCGCUGAGCAGAUAAUUCUCUUCAAUCACGUCUUCAUUUAUAACAUUAUAAGGAAAAAUUGCCUUUUUCUACUAUAGAUGUUGAACAUUCUUGUAUAUCUAGUUCAUUUUUUUCUAUCUUCCUUGUUGCAGUUGCCAUUGUUUAAUUGUUGUCUUUUAUAUGUAAUGAUAAUAAUCCAUCACUAUUAUUGAGUAUUACGUUCUUUGAGUUUUUUCCUUUUAACACUGCACCUUUUUUUAGAUUAUGGUAGUUAGUGGACAAAGAGAUAAGAGACAUAUAUGUUUGCUCCAGGGCUUCCGAAGAAUGAGAAAAAGGAUUGCGGGCAUUGAUGUCAUUCGAUCUCCAAGAUUUUUAUUUUUUUGGUGUCUCCGACUAUGCACAGGUUACCACAGUCUCCCCCUCUUUUAGAGUUCAGAGGAUACGCCUAUGUGCCAAGAACGGCUCGCGCUGCCAGACUGUAAACAGGGUCAAACUGACUUUUUUUGUUGUUGUUGUUUUUACAGAUUAUCAAUAUAUCAAGCCCAUUAUUCGCGAUAUAUAUUUUAUUUGAACUUGUGUUUUUAAAACCAUAUCAUCUUUGAUAACCUGUUCUGCUGUCAUCUUGUAAAUGCAUUGACCCUUACACAUUUAUAUACGAAUGUAGCCUCAAGAUACUGUAAUUAUUAUAAAAAAUAAAAAAUAAAUAAUCUUACUGGUGA